GACAGACCGAACAUAUAAGAAGGAAACCAGAGAUCUGGUGCUAUUACGUCCCAGAGUCUAAGGGAACGGAUAAGCACAGAAUUCAAAGCAUUUUUCAGCCUGAAUUUUUAAGGGGUGCAUUAGGAACUAAGCAAGCUGAUUUAUGAUAAAUGCUUUAAACUCCAACAACCAAAGGCAUAAGAAUUAGGAGCUGCUGACAUUGCAAAAUGAAGGGCAACCUCUCCCUUGCCACCAUCAGCAAAAACAUGACCAGCAGUCUUCACUUUGAACCUGCGAACAUCUCUGGCAGCAAUGAGUCUACCUUUAGCUGCUCACAUAAACCAUCAGAUAAGCAUUUAGAUGCAAUUCCUGUUCUCUACUACAUUAUUUUUGUGAUUGGAUUUCUUGUCAAUGUUGUUGUGGUUACUCUGUUUUGUUGUCAAAAGGGUCCUAAAAAGGUUUCCAGCAUUUACAUCUUCAACCUGGCUGUGGCUGACUUACUCCUUUUGGCUACUCUUCCUCUCUGGGCAACCUAUUAUUCUUACAGAUAUGACUGGCUCUUUGGACCUAUGAUGUGCAAAGUUUUUGGUUCUUUCCUGACCUUGAACAUGUUUGCAAGCAUUUUUUUUAUCACCUGCAUGAGUGUUGAUAGGUACCAAUCAGUCAUCUAUCCCUUUCUGUCUCAAAGAAGAAAUCCCUGGCAAGCAUCUUAUAUAGUUCCCCUUGUUUGGUGUAUGGCCUGUCUGUCCUCACUGCCAACAUUUUAUUUCCGAGAUGUCAGAACCAUUGAAUACUUAGGAGUGAAUGCUUGCAUUAUGGCUUUCCCACCUGAAAAAUAUGCCCAGUGGUCAGCUGGGAUUGCCUUAAUGAAAAAUAUCCUUGGUUUUAUUAUCCCUUUAAUAUUCAUAGCAACAUGCUAUUUUGGAAUCAGAAAACACUUACUGAAGACCAAUAGCUAUGGGAAGAACAGAAUAACCCGUGACCAAGUCCUGAAGAUGGCAGCUGCUGUUGUUCUGGCAUUCGUCAUUUGUUGGCUUCCCUUCCAUGUUCUGACCUUCCUGGAUGCUCUGGCCUGGAUGGGUGUCAUUAAUAGCUGUGAAGUUAUAGCAGUCAUUGACCUGGCACUUCCUUUUGCCAUCCUCCUGGGAUUCACCAACAGCUGCGUUAAUCCCUUUCUGUAUUGUUUUGUUGGAAACCGGUUCCAGCAGAAGCUCCGCAGUGUGUUUAGGGUUCCAAUUACUUGGCUUCAAGGCAAAAGAGAGAGGGUGUCUUGCCGGAAAAGCAGUUCUCUUAGGGAAAUGGAGACCUUUGUGUCUUAAACAUGAGAGUAGAAUGCAUAUAGUCAACGUGGCUACUUGGUUUGAGGCCCACCUGAAUUAUCUUUAAAUGGCUUUAGUAAAAAAAUAAAUUUUUCCCCUUAACCUAAUCUUUUCUCACACUUCUAGAACAAGAAAUCAAAUGUAACUGUUUUUAUUCUCCAGUGACUUUCAGGAAUUGCCCAUUGUUUUUCUGGUAUAUCAGUACAAGAUUGUCACUGGUGAGAGAUAUCCAUAAACUAGAAGUAACUGGGGAUUUAUCUCAAAUUAUAAUUAAUAAUAAAGUGUGGAUGAUGAUUUAGGAUUUCAGAUUUCUCCUUGAAAAACGCUGGCAUUUCCUAGUGGGGUUUUAUAUCCAUUUUCAUCAGGCUUUCGUCUUGAACCAGGGCCAGUCUUUUAACUUGUUGCAUUAUUUACAAGACAACAUAGUAAGAGAGAUGAGCACUUCUAAGUUGUGUAUAUUAUAAUAGAUUUGUACUGGAUUACUUAGGCUCUGGGCAUAUGCUUCCUACUUUUUAAAAAAAAUUGUGAAUUAUAUUCCUUUCACAUUUCACUUGAGCAUAGGUUUAUAGUUAAGAUAUAGCUACAUAUUGCGUAGAGCUAGGAAUGUAGAUUAAAUCACGCUCCUAAGUUUUAGCUUAUUUUUACAGUUAUAGAAAGUAAAAUGUAUCAUAACAGUAUAGAAGUGCAAUUAACAAUUAUUUGAGUGUUCAUUAAACUCUGAAUCAACAUUUAAAAAAAAACCUUUCUAUCUAUUUCAACUAUUGUUUAAAGGUUUCUAUUUUCUCUCAUAAUUUUGAAAACAAUAACUAAACACAGUGUAUUAUUAUAAAAUGUAAAGGUCACUUUGUACAUCCUUGACCUUUUGAGUGUGGUGCUUUGAUAUAUAGGACAUUGACUUGACUUUUAUUAUUGAUGCUUUGGUUCUGGGUUGCUUCCCAAAAUAUCUGAGUGAUUUCAUUAACUCUUUAACUUGUAAUCAACAUUUAUCUGGCAUAGGAGAAUGGUAUGCCAGAAUGGAAUUUUGAUACCCCUGGGGGGGGGGGUGUAAAUAGACCCAGCAAAUGACAAGUUUGGUGAGAAGCAAGGAACCUGUCGGGGCAGUGCAAUGUGUUUUUGAAAAUAGACCAUGGGGGAGUUUUAACCUAUAUCUACAGAUACUGUUUGUUUCAGAAUCUGCAGGAUUCUAUGAAGCUAUUUUAAACCACUCACUGGUCUAUAGAUCUCCUUCUCAACACUAUUGGAACUCCCAAAUUAGAGGAGUACCUAAAACUGACUGAAUUACUGAAAGCUUAUUUCGAUUAGAGUAUGAAUCCUGAUUUUGGAAGUUCAAUAUUUCGUUCCGCACAAGCCCCAUAUUAUACCAGGUUAUCUAGGACCUUCCUAGACCAGUGCUGACUUCUGAGGUAGAACUAAAGUUCUAGAGGCUCAGCAGCUGUGUCAGGUUCCAGGGCUAUAGAUUGAAGAGUUCUCUCACACCCCUUUCUAGGAAAGUCCUAAUUUCAUGUAAUCAUAUUAUUUUCACUAAAAACAAAUAGCUAAAUGUAUAAUCAACCAUGACUUCAUAUUUUAAAUAAUUUUGUAAAACAUCUCGUAAAAAUAAAAUCUUUAAUUGGAAGA